CGCACCAAGCUGCUCUGAUCCUUCACAUGCUGUGCUGGGGGCAGAGCGUUGUCACCUUCCCUUGCACAGAGCCUGCUUGUGCCACCCAGAGCCCUGCACAGGGAGCCAGCAGCCCACAGCCAGGGCUGGGAGGUGGCUGUGUCUCCUGCAUGCUGCUGUCACCGCUCAGAAGGGGCCUGGUUGGCAGGGCCCUGCCUGCCCUCAGUGCAGCUCAAGUGGCCGGGUGAUGGUGAGGGGUCCCUGCAGUUCAGUGUCUGCUUGACACUAGCAGCACUGUAAGGCCAGCGAUGGCACCAACCACCCCCAGCAGCCCGUUUCAUCCAGAGUUUGUUUGGGCUGGAUUCACCCCUGGAGCUGUUCAGCUGCUCAUGGUGGUGAUCAUUUCUCCUGCAGGCAUCAGAGGAGGGUUUGUUCUGUGGUGCUGGAGCUGUCGGUUCUGCCUGGCAGGAACGAUGUCAGACGGUUUCUCUUUAGCUGAUGCCUUGUCCACUGGCAACAACCCAAACCCCUCUGCCCCCCAGCCCCAGGGCUGGCCCUCCUGGGGGAACCAGCCACCACCUCCUGGGGGGGUCCCAGCCUACCCUGGGCCUCCAGGACCCUAUCCUGGAGGACCAGGACCCUAUCCCGGAGGACCAGGGCCAUAUCCCGGAGGACCAGCAGGACACGGACCAUAUCCAGGAGCACCCGGAGCAUUCCCUGGAGCACCAGCAGGACCAGGGCCGUACCCUGCCCCAGGACAACCUGGAUUUGGGCCCCCUCAUCCUCAGGGGGGACCGGCUCCUCCAAUGACAGUCCCCUAUGAGCUGUACCUGCAGGCAGGACUCAGCCCUCGGGUGCUCAUAACCGUCACAGGGUCCAUCAACCCCAAUCCAAACAGGUUUUCACUGGAUUUCAAGAAAGGGAAUGACAUUGCCUUCCACUUCAAUCCGCGCUUCAAUGAAGACAACAGGAAAGUCAUCGUCUGCAAUUCGAUGUUCCACAACCACUGGGGAAAGGAGGAGAGGACAGCUCCAAGGUUUCCAUUUGAAGCUGGAAAGCCCUUCAAGCUCCAGAUCCUUUGUGAGGCAGAUCACUUCAAGGUAGCGGUCAACGAUGCUCACUUGCUGCAGUACAGCUACCGUGAGAAGAGGCUGAACGAGAUCAACAAACUCUGCAUUGCUGGAGACAUCACUCUCACCAGCGUCACACCAACCAUGAUAUAACCAUGGUGGUACAGUUUUAAUGCAAACUUGAUGAUUUUAAUAUGGCUGUAACCAAAAGCGCCUUCUUACAUGAAUACUUUGAGGUAAUAAAACAUACUUUCACAAGUAAAA